CUGAGGCGCAAAGCCAAUCUGACCGAGACUGUGGACACCAUCCUCUUACCCAGGAAUAAGGUGAAACCGGGGACUGUGUGCAGUGUGGCUGGCUGGGGCCAGACUAGUAGCAAGGUAAAUGCCCAGUCCUCCCAGACCCUGCAGGAGGUGGAACUGACAGUCAUGAGCAAGGACAUCUGUCUGUCCCGACCCUAUCUGCGCUAUGACCCGUCCGUGAUGCUGUGCGUGGGGGAUCCCAAGGAGAGGAAGGCAUCCUUCUGGGGUGACUCCGGGGGCCCCCUGGUCUGUAAAGGGAAGGCCCAGGGCAUAGUCUCCCAUGGCAGCGCUGAUGGGUCACCACCCAGGCUGUUCACCAAGGUCUUCAAAUAUGUCUCCUGGAUCAAGAAAACUUUGCGCAAGCUGAAGCCUUAGAGGGGAUCAUCCAUCUCCUCUAGCAUGAUUGGAGAGAUAGCUGGUAUUGCAGAGCCAUGGCUGGCUGGGUAUUGCAGCUGGAUGGAUGGAUGU